CAACGCACAGUUUCACAUGAGAAGUACUUCAAGUAAAGUUGAAUGUCUUUUUCUUUAUUUUGUUUGUUCCUUGAUUAGAUUUUCAUAGUGCUAAUCAUGUCAACAAUCAGUGAGUGUGUUGUUUGUUUAGAUCCGCUGACGGAACGAAUUAAGGUACUACAGUGUAGUCAUCAAUUUCACAUCGACUGCAUAGAUCGGUGGCUUAGAGUCAACAACAGGUGCCCCACAUGUAGGGUUCCUACAGGAGCUCCUCCACGACUUACCGGCAAUGCAUUUUACGAAGAAGAUGAACCCGACGACGACGACGAAGUUUCCAUUUCAUCCGCCCAGACCAAUGAUGAGGCGGAUAGUAUUGAAUAUAUUGUUCACGACAGUAUGGACGAUUUGGAUUUUUCGAGCAUAUUCUCUGAUGAAGAACCGGAUGAUGACUAUGAUGAUCUCUUGUAUGAUGCGAACAUCGAAAAUGAACCGGAAGACGUCUUGGUGCCGUCUGAUGAAGAAGCAGAUAGCGAUGAUGGUCUCUUCAGUGUUGAAGAAGAUGAUGCAAAUAUUUUGGAAGAACUGGAGUUUAUGGAAGGAGAUGAUCAAAAUGAUUUGGAUGAUUUUCUCACAGACAACGACGAUGCCUUUGAUGAAACCGCUGUAGAUUUGUACGAAUUAGAUUAUGAUGUCAUGGGUUAGAGCAGAGAGCAAUUGUUGUUAUUAGUUUUUAGUGGUUUUGUUAAAGUUUCCUAAAAAAUUCCUUGUCAGAAGAGUACAACAAUGACUGAUUCCAUACAACGAUAGCGUAAAACUUGUCAAACUAUAUGUUCGGAGGUAUUCGUAAUAUUUUUUUUCGAUUAAUUUGAAGGUCAUCGUUUGCGACUGGCAUUUUUAAUCACUGAAAAAAGAUAGUUUUAUGUAUCAGCGUUCGUUCUCUCCACUCGUCAGUACAUAGCAGUUCAACUUAAACAUUAAGAAUGAGCUCAAAUCGGACCCUACUGUGCCAACACAUUUAUGGAUUAUUCCGAUUGGUAAUGUCCUUACUGAUCUCUCGAUCCAAAUCGAACUGACAGGAUUGUAUCAUAUUGUAAUAUAACAUAGUUCAUAUUAACUUUAAUAAAAUCUGAAACAAUGUGGUGGGUAUUGUCUUCACUGAUUGAUAGAGAAUACACAGCACUGAAUACGAGAUAAGUUCCAUUGGGUGUUUCACUGAAAGGAGUCUAAAAAUUAAUGAAACGCUAGCCAUCAAAAAAAGGUAGAGCGUACAGAUUAGUUUUUUUUGUCAACAAUCCAAGCAGUCUUUGCAGACUACUUAAAAAGCAGUAACAAUCAUAUUUGCAAUCUUUAGAAGGAUCGCAGUAGGCCUGCGCGUCGGGAGUGAAAAACUUUUGCUUACGUCAAAUUUUUUUGUGAAAGGGUCAAAUUACAAAAUUAUGCGGUUUUCCUGGUGUUAGAAUUAAGUUUGGACUGCUGACGGAAUAUCGGUUUGCGUGUUUACAUCGGUUAAACGGAUUGAGAAACGUACCAGCCAUCCAGUAAAUAUGCAAUGCCGGGAACUGGUAUCUAAAUACGGAGUUUACCCCCUGUCGGAAGGAAUUUUCUGUCCGCAUCAUCUGACAGCGCAUGGUGUUUUUGCGUAUGGUGCUGGAACUCGAUGGAAAAGCUGUGAUAAGGGCCGUUUCCCGGUCUCUUACAUGGUGACAAAAAAAAAACAAUACAUAUACAUAAGCAGUGCCUCGCAGCAUGUUGGAU